AUGGGCGCCACGACAACAAGAACGCCGCCUGGUCUUCCUCUUCCAGCAACGUAUCCUUACUCUGCCAACGGGCAAAACGGCAACGGCAAUGGCACAGCAACCUUUCUGCUCCCACUGCAGGACUAUACCCCUAUCGCCAGUCAAGCGUUUCGAGAAGCGAAUGAGCUCGCCGAGAGUCUUCUUCCAGGUUCUCAUCCUGUCCGCUUAUCCGUCAAAGUCGAAUAUGUAGCUUAUGUGUACGAUUGUUUGCAUGAAGCGGAGGCAUCGAGAAGGAUGGCCAAAAUGUCCAUCAGACACGUUUACGAGGCGCAGGAAGGCAUGGACGAUGAUAGUUUCGAGGAUGCUGCCGAAAUGGUGGGAAUUCUUGGUCGGAUGAUGAAGAGGGGCUUAGGACAAGGGGGGAGCAGUGGCAGUCAGGUGCGAGCCGAUGGACAAACCGCGGGUGGACGAAGAGAGCAGGUCCAGCAGCCAUCGACUUGGGUGUAG